GCGCAGCAAUGCUGAGCUGGCGGACGCCGUGGAGUCCGACCAGGUCGACGACCUUGGGGGAGGGCUCGGAAGCAUGGUGGAGCAGCACUUGCCGGACCCGCAUGCAGACGCUGCUUCCCAGCGCGGCGCCCGCCCGAACGCCCGCCGCAGCACCCAGCCUGUCACGAGCACCGACGUCGACUCCACCGACGCCCUCUCGAACCAUGAUGGCGGCACGCCCGACGCCGCCCGCAGCUCCCAGGAGGGCGAGCCUGACGAUUACUUGUACUCAGCGCUCGCCGCCUGGCACUCUGGCGAGCCCCCCGCCCUCGCCGUCCAGCAGGCCGUGGAGCAAGCUCGUCGCGACAUCGCCGCCAGGAGCCCCCUUCUCGACGCCCAAGCCGACGCCUGGCCCGUCGCCGAGUCCGAGACGGAGGGCGGCGUGGCCAGCGACGCAGAGAUCGAGGAGGAAGAAGAGGAGGGCGCUAACGCCGACGCCGAGACGGAUGAUGGAGAGGAGGGCGCUGCCGACGAG